AUUUUAGUUCUCUCAUCAUCUCAGCAUAUUGGUCUAAUUUAUUUUAAGUUUUUUUUGUACAACAAUAAUUUUGUCCGCUCUUUGCGAAUAAUUAAUUAUUAAAUGAAUUCAAUCUUAUAAGAAUAGAACAAAUAACCAAUACAAGAUCAAUACAAAAUGUUUUCUCCAAAAAAUAGUAUUUUUAUCGUAGUAAUUUUAGUUUGUUUUCUAACAAAAUUCUCACAUUGCGUUGAAUUCACAUUUGAGUUGGCUGACAAUUCCGAAGAUUGUUUCUAUGAAGAAAUCAAAAGAAAUGUAUCGGCAUAUUUGGAGUUUCAAGUGUCUGCCGGAGGCCAAUUGGAUGUCGAUGUCACUCUGAAAGAUCCACAAAAUCGAAUAAUCUACGAACAGUCGAGGUCGACCUUCGACAGCCAUCAGUUUACAGCUGAGACAACAGGAGUUUACACAGCCUGUUUCAGCAAUAAGUUCUCUUCAUUUGCCCACAAGUUUGUCUACGUGGACUUUCAAGUUGGCGAUGAAGCACCGCUUCCUGGCAUUGAUGAGCAUGCCACAGUGCUCACUCAAAUGGAGGCUUCUUCUCAGUCCAUUCACAAGUCUCUGAAUGAGAUUCUCGAUGCUCAAACUCAUCAUCGGCUUAGAGAAGCUCAAGGUCGAAAAAGAGCUGAAGAACUAAACGAACGUGUUUGGUGGUAUUCCAGCUUAGAAACGGCAGCGGUAUUGCUCAUUGCAAUUGGCCAGAUCUUUGUGCUGCGAAAUUUCUUUACAGAUCGUAAACCCAGUCAGGCGCAUUAUUCAAGAAUGUAAAAUAUCGAAUAAAAUCGAAACAAACAAAAAAAUAAGUCAUGAAUAAGUUCCCCAUCUUAACCCAAUAAAAAUUUAAAAAAAAACCGAAAGAAAAAACAAAGAUUAGAUACUACGCAG